AAAGAAAAUCUGGCGAUCCCAUAUAGGCCGUAAGAGUUCUGUUUUAGUUUCUCCUUUUCUUUCUUAUGCUCAAGAGCCUUCUACACUAAAACCCACCCAAAACCCACUAUUCUAAUCACCUUUUGAACACUCCAUUUCUCUGCUUGAUCAUGUCACAAUCACUGAAGCUAAUCAAGGAACAUGCCUCCAACCCCAAAUUCUGGUUGAUCAUCGGAGUAGGAGUUGCCGGGAUUGCGGUUCUGGUGGAGACACGGCGUAGAACACGGCGGAAUAAAACACACAAACAAGACUUUGGUGCUUUUGUUGAGCGCUUUGAGAUACUUCCCUUUCCCCAGCUUCCUCCUCCUGCUGCCAAACAAUCGCUCUCUGCUCUAACGUUUGCCAUAAACGAAACGUUUGAUGUUAAAGGUUAUGUGACGGGGUUUGGAAAUCCUACGUGGAAGAGUACACACAAGGCAGCGGAGAAAACUGCAGUUGUGGUGACUGCUCUGCUCAAGAGUGGAGCCACUUGUGUUGGCAAGACUGUUGUGGACGAAUUCUCUUUUGGGAUUUCUGGUGAGAACAAGUAUUAUGGAACUCCAACUAAUCCUCGGAUGCCAUCAUGUACACCAGGAGGGUCUUCUUGUGGUUCAGCAGUGGCAGUUGCUGCAGGGCUUGUGGACUUUGCCGUUGGUACUGAUACUGUAGGAUGUGUGAGGGUUCCAGCAGCACUCUGUGGUAUUUUUGGUUUUCGACCAUCCCAUGGGGCUGUAUCCACCAUUGGAGUUCUUCCAAAUGCACAAAGCUUAGACACUAUUGGACUGUUUGCUUGUGAUCCAUCUGUCCUACAUCGUGUUGGACAUGUUUUACUUCAAUUGAGUUCAGUGGAGACCAAAAGGUCCAGGCGAAUAAUAUUUGCUGAUGAUCUUUCUCAGUUAUCCACAAUUCCUACACAGAGGACAAUACAUGUUAUUGGUAAAGCUAUUAAGAAUAUGUCUGGGUAUCAGAAUCCAAAGCAUUUGAAUAUCUGUCAGUACAUUGAAUCUAAGGUGCCCAGUCUAAGGCUUCAUGAGCAAUCAACACACCAGCAAAAUGAAACAUCUAUAUUGAAAACUCUCUCUUCUGUUAUGCUUUUAUUACAAGGGUAUGAAUUUAAGACCAAUCAUGAAGAAUGGGUUAAAUCACUCAAAUUCAAGUUAGGUCGUGGUGUGCCUGAUCAUGUUAUUGCAGCCAUUAGUACUCUAUAUGAUAAUAUAAAAGCAUUGUAUAAAGUCAGGACUGAAAUGCGAGGAGCUUUCCAAAGUCUAUUAAAGGAUGAUGGAAUAUUAGUUAUCCCUACUGUAGCAGACAACCUAUUAAAGCUUAAUACAACUAUAGGUUUUUCUUCGGAGUUCCACGACAGAACAUUUGCAGUAUCGAGCAUUGCUAGUGUAUCUGGAUGUUGUCAGGUUACAAUUCCAUUAGGAUAUCAUGAUGGUUGUUGUGUGUCUGUUUCAUUCGUCUCUUUUCAUGGAGCUGAUAAAUUUCUUUUGGAUACGGUCUUGGAUAUUUAUUCAACUCUUCGAGAACGAGUUAGUGUUGAUUCUGAUUUGUUGUCAUUACCUGAUAUUAGUGGCAACAGGGAAACUUCUGAACUUUUAAAAGAGAAGGGAAAUGUAGCAUUUAAAGAAAAGCAAUGGAGUAAGGCACUCAAUUACUACACCGAGGCCAUCAAAUUGAAUGGGACGAAUUCAACGUACUACUGCAAUCGAGCAGCUGCUCAUUUAAAGUUAGGAUGCUUUCAGGACGCUGCAGAGGACUGCAGUAAGGCAAUAUUGCUUGAUAAAAUGAAUGUAAAGGCAUAUCUGAGACGUGGAGCUGCUAAAGAAUCACUACUAUGUUAUGAAGGGGCACUUGAAGAUUUCAAGCAUGCUCUUGUUCUUGAACCACAAAACAAGGAUGCUAGUCUAGCUGAGAAAAGACUUAGAAAACUGAUGAGUUAAGACUUGGUGUGCUUUUUUCUCCAUUGGCCUCACCCCUUCAAUAUAAUGUUAAUAGCCACCUUCCGGGUGAAGGAAAUAGAAGAGAUGAGCCCUUAUUAAUGAGGCGCUUCAUUUUUCUCAUUUUGUGUAUAUCUUGCAAGAAAUCUCAUUCAACCCUAUUUGAUUAUGCUUAUAAUUUUGGAUCUACAUUAAUGAGAAUGUAGUUGCCCCCUGUACAUUUAAAGCGAAUGGUACAGCAGCUUAUUUACUUUUCCUUUUAGGUGUUGCAUUUUCUAAUUUCUUAGUUUUUAUAACAGAAAAACCUACUUGGGGUGCUGUUGUUAAAUAAAUAAUUUACUCCAGUUCCUCAACCAA